GCGAGGAGGAGGCGGGCUCCCAAUCCGGUUCCACCCGGGUCUCCCACCGCCCCCGCCGCGGUCUCAGCAGCUCCGGCGGCGGGAGGAGCGGGAGCGGUUCGGCAGCCCGGCUUCGCGAAGGCUCCCCGUGCCGCUGCCUGCAGGCACCCGGUGCGCGUCCUGCCCGCCGCCAAGAUGCCCAAGAGGAAGGUCAGCUCCGCCGAGGGGGCGGCGAAGGAGGAGCCCAAGAGGAGAUCGGCGCGGUUGUCGGCUAAACCUGCUCCUGCAAAAGUGGAAGCAAAGCCAAAAAAGGCGGCGGGAAAGGAUAAAUCUUCAGACAAAAAAGUGCAAGCAAAAGGGAAAAGGGGAGCGAAGGGAAAGCAGGCUGAAGUGGCUAACCAAGAAACUAAAGAAGAGUUACCUGCAGAAAAUGGAGAAACUAAAACCGAGGAGAAUCCAACCUCUGAUGAAGCAGGAGAGAAAGAAGCCAAGCCUGAAUAAUGUCAUAUCCCAUGUCUUAUCAGUGGUCCCUGUCUCCCUUCUUGUACAAUCCAGAGGAAUAUUUUUAUCAACUAUUUUGUAAAUGCGAGUUUUUUAGUAGCUCUAGAAACAUUUUUAAGAAGGAGGGAAUCCCACCUCAUCCCAUUUUUUAAGUGUAAAUGCUUUUUUUUAAGAGGUGAAAUCAUUCGCUGGUUGUUUAUUUUUUGGUACAACCAGAAAAUAGUGAGGGAUAUUAAAUUACAGGAGGCUUUGACUGUCUCCAGUAUCAGCUUAACAUUCCAUAGAUGGGGGUUAGUUUUUAUAUCCUAUAAUGCAAAGUAUACUAAGUGGCAAUAUGGAUCACAGUCCUGCAUUUAAUGUCUUGAACAUUUAAAAUUACUUCUAUUCCCAUGUUGUUUUUUAGUAGAAUUGUUUCCUAAAGAAAACCACUCCUUGAUCGUGGCUCUCCCUGUCAGAAUUGUGUGCACUCUGUAACAUCUUUGGUCGUGGUAGUCUUGUUUUCCUGAUAACUUUGUUAAUGUGUUGUGAAAGAUUGAAAAAUUGAGUAUGUUGUGUAUAUGAUAAAUUGUGAAUUGGUGGGAUGUGUGUAACAGCUUAUCAACAUUUGAAGAUACUGGUACUUGAUAUUCUCUUAAGGAAAAUUUGCCUCCAAAUUUUAAGCUGGAAAGUCACUGGAAUAACUUUUUAAAAAUAACAAUACAUGGCUUUUUCGAUUUUCGGUACGUAUGUUAAGAAUUGUGUACAAAUUGAAAUGUCUGUGUACUGAUCCUCAACACAACCAAUAAACUCAAUUAUGAAAGAC